AUGGCAGCCACGCCUCCACUCUCCGCUGCUCUCCGAUCUCCAAUCUCUUCCCGGAGAUUCUCUCCGAUUCGCAACGCUCCUUUUCAUUUCAAUGUCGUCGCUGCACCGUUUUCCUCACCGUCCUCGUUUACAUUGCAUGGACUGUUCGAUUCCGUCGCUAUCGGCGGCAGAGUUUUCCCGUUUUCUCCGGCGGCGAAGCAACAGGUUGAUCAGGAUGAGGUUGGAUUCGAUGAGCCUCCGUCUCAGGAGCUUGCGAUAGCUUCGGCGUGUUUGGUUGGUGUUCUCACCGGAAUCAGUGUGGUUCUCUUCAACAAUUGCGUUCACUUGCUUCGAGACUUCUCUUGGGAUGGGAUUUCUGAUCGUGGAGCUUCGUGGCUUAGAGAAGAACCGAUUGGUUCCAAUUGGUUGAGAGUGAUCCUUGUUCCGACUUUCGGCGGUUUGAUUGUCAGUAUCCUGAAUCAGAUUCGAGAAGCUGCCGGAUAUUCCGACGCGGAUUCCGGUACAGAUGAUUCUAGUCUCGAUCGAUUAAAGGCGGUGCUGCGUCCUUUCCUUAAGACUGUUGCUGCAUGUGUGACGCUUGGGACUGGGAAUUCGUUGGGUCCUGAAGGUCCUAGUGUUGAAAUUGGAGCGUCAAUAGCUAAAGGAGUGAAUUCUCUGUUCAAGAAAAGUCCUCAGACUGGGUUCUCACUUCUUGCUGCUGGCUCAGCCUCUGGAAUUUCCUCUGGGUUCAAUGCAGCUGUUGCUGGAUGCUUCUUUGCUGUUGAAUCCGUUUUGUGGCCUUCAUCAAGUGAUUCAUCAACAUCACUUCCAAAUACAACUUCAAUGGUUAUUCUUAGUGCGGUUACUGCUUCAGUGGUGUCAGAAAUCGGCUUGGGCUCUGAACCUGCGUUUAAGAUUCCAGACUAUGACUUUCGCUCUCCUGGAGAACUUCCACUCUAUCUUUUACUGGGCGCUCUGUGUGGCUUGGUCUCAUUGGCGUUAUCUCGAUGUACAUCAUUGAUGGCAUCUGCUGUUGACAGUCUUAACAAGGAUGCUGGGAUACCAAAGGCUGUAUUUCCUGUAAUGGGUGGUUUAACUGUUGGUAUCAUAGCUUUGGUAUACCCUGAAGUCUUAUACUGGGGUUUUCAGAACGUGGAUAUUUUGUUGGAAUCUCGUCCAUUUGUGAAGGGUCUUUCAGCUGAUCUUUUGCUUCAAUUGGUAGCGGUCAAGAUAGCUGCAACCGCAUUGUGUCGGGCUUCUGGACUGGUCGGUGGAUACUAUCACCCUUCUCUCUUUAUUGGCGGGGCAGCAGGAAUGGCCUAUGGAAAGUUUAUUGGACUUGCUUUGGAUCAGAAUCCCGAACUCCAUCUCUCAAUCCUUGAAGUGGCAUCGCCACAAGCUUAUGGUCUGGUUGGAAUGGCUGCUACACUUGCAGGGGUUUGUCAAGUUCCUCUUACAUCGGUACUUUUGCUAUUUGAGCUUACUCAAGACUAUCGUAUAGUCUUACCCCUAUUGGGAGCUGUAGGCAUGUCUUCAUGGAUCACAUCUAGACAAUCAAAGAGACAAGAAACUAAAGAAACAAAAGAAAGUAGGAAAAGAAAGAGCCAAGAAGCUGUACAGCAUCUGACGUCAUCUGAUGACAGAUCAUCAACGAAUAACCUUUGUGAAGUUGAAAGUUCUCUUUGCAUUGAUGAUUCAACCAUCCAAGCUGAGGAGCUGCCGAAGAGUAUUUUUGUUUCAGAAGCCAUGCGAACAAGAUAUGCAGCAGUUAUGAUGAGCACUUCCCUGGAAGAGGCAAUAACUCGUAUGCUGAAAGAGAAACAAUCCUGUGCGUUGAUUGUUGAUCCUGACAAUAUCUUUCUCGGUCUACUUACACUUUCAGACAUUCAGGAAUUCAGCAAAGCAAGAAAAGAAGGAAACAAAAGACCCAAGGAUAUUUUUGUCAGUGAAAUCUGUUCGAAGACCGGAGGAGGAUGUAAAGUGCCGUGGACUGUUACACCUGAUAUGGAUCUUCUCGCUGUCCAAACAAUCAUGAACAAGCAUGAAAUUUCUCAUGUUCCAGUCGUUUCAGGCGGCAUUGAUGCUCGCAGAAUACACCUUGUUGGGGUCCUAGAUAGAGAAUGUAUCACUGUAACACGCAGAGCUCUAGCAACCAGAAUGUUCCUCGACGAAUCAAUUCUCCGUCCGUAA